AUGCGUUCCCGCCAAAUGAGCGGUGAAAGAUAAUGUCCGAUGAUCUCUAGAAAAGUUUGAAUACUGCAAACAAUCAACCGGUCUAGCUUAUAAGAUUUAUUAAAAAAAGUGUGCCUAUGAUAAAAUACCUAGUAGUAUGUUUUUAUACAAAUGAAAUUCUCAGCAGAAUAAUAUACUACGCCCUUGGAAUUUUUAAUCCUUACGUGAUCAAUAAUUUAAGUACUUAAGUAAUUACCUAUCUAAUAUCAUGUCAUUAUCAAAUGCAUUAUACACACAUAUUAUUUACCUACUCUACUUACGAUCCAAAUUAAUUUAAACCAGAAGCAAGUACGUAGAUAAAAACAACGGCGUAUGGACGUCUUCAAUUUAUAUCGUAAGUACUUAUCGUCGAAGCCCUCUACUUUGAGGAGAUAAUCAGGCGAAGAGGGGAGAACCGCAUUCCCGGUGACAAUAUUAACACGAUGAUUGCCGCCAGUCGCUCCCUAAUCGUUGCUCCGGCGUAACCCAAAUAUUUGACAGUUUUAUUAUUCUAAAUUCAGUUCUGUCUCAAAUUUGUGGCCAGUGGGUGCUGCUCACCAACUAUGCAGGCGCUCGUAUUUUUAAGUUUGGUGUGUGUGGUGGUUGGCAUGCAUGUGCGUGUGGGCCCGCAGAUGACGGAUGCUCAAUUGGAACAGACCUUAGCUGACCGACCGACAAUGCAACGCCACAUCAAAUGCGCGCUCGGAGACGGUCCUUGUGAUGCACUCGGCAGAAGAUUAAGAACCCUUGCACCGCUGGUAAUCCGUGGAACUUGCCCACAAUGUUCUAUCGAAGAAACGCGACAGAUUCGACGCACCCUAGCAUUCGUACAGAGAAACUAUCCGUGGGACUGGGCAAAGAUCAUCAAAUACGCAAUAGUGCUAAGUUGUGUGGUAGUAGCGUGCUUUGCGCAGGCGCAACGACCAGCAGUAUCCGACACAGCCCUGGAUGACGCUCUCCAAGACAAGCGGUUUAUUCAGAGACAACUGAAGUGUGCACUCGGAGAGGCACCCUGUGAUCCCAUCGGCAAGAGAUUAAAAACACUGGCGCCCCUAGUACUCCGCGGCGCCUGUCCACAGUGUACACCGCAAGAAACCAAACAAAUACAGCGCACUCUGUCGUACGUGCAACGAAACUUCCCUCAACAGUGGGCCAAAAUCGUUCGUCAAUACGCCGGCUAGUACCUAAGAAUCACAUGUCAACACAUGAUCGGGAUAAAAUCAUUAAUCAAGUGAUUUGUGCGCAUCUGUAAAAAACCUCCAUUCUUCAUGACACAAAUCACCAAUAUUCAGUCCAAAAAAUAGUUUAUGAUCAUAGUAUUUAUAACUUAAAACUAAAGAUCGAUUUUAAUGAUAAAUUUCUAUUGUGAUUUCUAAACGUUUUGAACGAUCACAAUUUUAUAAUUUUAAAUGAGCAUAAUGUAAAUUGACUUGUUUAGCAUAGGUCUACAUUUUAAUGUAAUAGCUAGGUUAUAUGGGUUUAAGGUACACUAAGUACUUACCUUGUAUCACAGCAUACUGAUCCACCUAAAUUAUAUUUUUGUUGUAUAAAUUAUGUUUCGAAUAAAAAUCUAAA